UGGUGGGCUUUCCGUCGGGAAGAAGUGGACGGUGGGCGAGGGCUGGAGCGGCGGCGGCGGCUUCUAAGCUGAAGGUGUUUUAAAGAAGAUGAAAUUAAGUCUCUCCAAAAUAGUCGAUGGCUGUCGUCUUGGUACACUGACAAACCUAGGCAAGAAAGGAGUUCACUCCAUGGACAUUCCAGGUUGUCUGCUUUAUACCAAAAUGGGAUCAGCGCCACACCUGACCCAUGACACUCUACAAAUGGUUAAAGGCGUUCCAGCGGUCGCUCAGCUGUCACUGGCAACAUUGGCAGAUCUUCAUGAGGUCUUGGCAGAAUAUAAAGAAGGAACUGCAAAGUUCAUAGGUAUGCCAGAGUCAGUCCUGUAUUGCUCCCUCCAUGACUCAGUUAUCUGCUGUCCUCCUGGUUACAACAACAACAAGGCAGUUUCAGUAUGGGGAUGCGGAGGUCGGAUGGAAAUGACAGCAUCAAAGUUCAUGGCCAUCCAGCAGGUUAUCCAGCCAGACUGGUUCCAGUGUCUCUCGGAUGGAGACACUAUUUCUGGAGAAAUCUCCAAGAAGAGGGCCAAGAAGUCUGUAGAUCGUUCUCUGUCCUUUUUGGAUGAGUGUCUACAUCUGCAAGAAGAAUCGCCAGAGUUGCAGCAGAGCCUGAUGAUUGGGGUUAUUGAAGGUGGAGAUGUGUUGGAGGAGAGGUUGAGAUCAGCGAGGGAGACUGCCAAGAGACCUGUGGCUGGCUUUCUUUUGGAUGGCUUUCAGGGAAAUGCCAUGGCCAAAGAAACUAAACUGGAACUCUUGUCCUCAGUUACAGCAGAGCUGCCAGAAGAUAAACCAAGACUCAUGCAUGGUAUUGGUAGGCCGGAUGAGGUCCUGGAGUGUAUUGAGAGAGGGGUGGAUAUUUUUGAGAGUUGUUUUCCUUACCAGGUGACAGAGCGGGGCUGUGCCUUGUCCUUCAGCUAUAAUUAUCAGCCAAAUCCUGAAACAGCAGUCAUCAAAGAGAAUGGACAAACAGAUGUGCAGGGGGAAGAAGAAAAAGAAAAAAAUGAAAAUGUAACACUCAGUGGACCACAAGAAAUUACUCCCUUUGAAAUAUAUUUGAAAGAAAAAAGGUACCAGGAUGAUUUUGGGCCUUUAGUAAAAGGCUGUUCCUGUUACUGCUGUCAGAAUCAUAGCCGUGCCUAUGUUCAUCACCUACUCAUGACCAAUGAGUUGUUAGCUGGUGUCCUGCUUAUGAUGCAUAACCUGCAGCAUUACUUUGGCUUCUUCUGUUCUAUCCGUGAUGCUCUGAGAGAAAACAAGUUGGACCAGCUGAAAAAGUCUGUCAGCAGCUGAGCACUUUGAGUGCAGAAGUGUUACAAAAACAGUGCAAGGAGAAAAAGAAUCCAUGAAGCAGAGAGCUGCAUACAUUUUUUUACCAUUAGUUUCAUGUCAUCUAAUGCACAGUCCCCUUUGGUCAUUACAAACUAAGCAGUGAUGGGUAUUUUUCCUAUUAGCCUGACUGCUAAAGGAAUCAAAAAUUGUAAGAACCUUUUUACAGAUAGGUAGGUCUAAGCUGGACAUUAUUUUCAUGAACUGUGUUAUUUUCAUGAGUCGUGUUCCUUAUUUUAGAGACCCUAAUUACUAGAGUUAGAAUGAAAAAGCAAAGAAUACAAAUUGCCAGGUGAACCAUAGGAAAAAGAUAAGCUUCUAUUUUGGAUUCUGAUGUCAUCCUUGCUAUACUUACUGGACUAAAAACAAGUCUAUUAAAAAUUCUCUUUUAGUAAGUCUGUGGGGAAUAGGUAAAAUGUGUAAAGAAGGAAACCCCUCUUGUAACAGACUUCACUUCAACAUUUUCGUUCCCUGAGCACAUUGCUGCCAUUUUGCAAACUGAUCCAGUCCUUACCCGCACUCCAUGUUCUUGCUAGCUUUGAUUCUUCAUUGUUACAGAGUGCCAGCUAAUUGGCUGGUCUCAUCCCAUCGCCUAAAUUCAGCUGUUAGUUGCAAGUGGAGUGGAUCCUUUGAGUCAGUUUUUGAAUGGCAAAAGUAAGUAUAGUUUAUGCAGUUGAUCUACUCUGGUUGGAACUAGCAAUUGGCCUUAGGCCCAAGGUUUUGACAGAAUGCCUUCAAAUGACAGCUGUCUGUUGUCAGAAGCUAAAUCGAAUUUUCAUCAUAACUAGUUGCUGAAUAGUAAGUCAACAUUUAUUUAAAUCUCCUAGGCAAAGGUGAAGGUAGUCCCUUGACAUGAAUGCCUAGUCAUAACUAACUGUAAGGGAUGGUGCUCAUCUCUGUUUCUAAGCCGAACGGCUAGCGUUGUCCGAGGACUGCUCUGGUGGUCAUGUGGCCAGUAUGAC